UAACUUCUGUGGAAACAAAACGUAUCUGAGUCUCUGUGUCGUCUGUCUUUGUGAGAGUGAACAACCAUCAAAAUGGCUCAGAAGGGAGUUCUGCUGGACCAGGGCCAGUUCUGUUGUUCUGUCUGUCUGGAUCUACUGAAGGAACCAGUCACUACUGCCUGUGGACACAAUUACUGUAGAAUCUGUAUUGAGGGCUGCUGAGAUCAGGAUGUUCUGAAAGGGGUCUAUAGCUGUCCUCAGUGCAGAGAGACCUUCAUUCCAAGGCCUAAUCUGAGGAAAAAUAACAUGUUGGCUGAUAUGGUGGAGGACCUGAAGAAGACAAGACUCCAGGCUGCUCCCCCUCCUGCUCUGUGCUAUGCUGGACCUGGAGAUGUGGUGUGUGAUUUCUGCACUGGGACCAGAAAGCAGAAAGCCCUCAUGUCCUGUUUGGUGUGUCUGGCCUCUUACUGUGAGACUCACCUCCAACCUCACUAUGAAUUUCGUGCAUUGAAGAAGCACAAGCUGGUCAAAGCCACCGCACAACUACAAGAGAAGAUCUGCUCUCAUCAUGACAAACUGCUGGAGGUUUACUGUCGUACCGAUCAGCAGUGUAUCUGUCUGCUGUGUGUGAUGGAUGAACAUAAAGGCCAUGAUACAGUGUCAGCUGCAGCAGAGAGGAAUGAUAAACAGAGGCAGCUGGGGAUGAGUCAGCAGAAGGUCCAGCAGAGAUUCCAGGAGAGAGAGAAGGAGCUGAAGAAGCUCCAACAGGCUGUGGAGUCUCUCAAGCGCUCUGCACAGGCAGCAGUGGAGGACAGUGAUCAGAUCUUUACUGAGCUGAUCCGCUCCAUUGAGAGAAGGAGCUCUGAGGUGAAGGAGCUGAUCAGAGCCCAAGAGAAGGCUCAAGUGAGUCAAGCUGAAGGACUCCUGGAGCAACUGAAGCAGGAGAUAGCUGAGCUGAGGAAGAGAAGCACUGAGCUGGAGCAGCUCUCACACACAGAGGAUCACAUCCAUUUCCUCCAGAGUUAUCAGUCUCUCUCCAGUAUCAGUGUAUCUUCAGACUUACCCAGCAUCGUUGUCCGUCCUCUUCAGUACUUUGGAGAUGUGAGUAAGACUGUGUCUGAACUGAGAGAGAAACUAGAAGACUUCCUUAAAGGAGAAUGGACCAAGAUCUCCACUACAGUGAAUUUAGUGGAUGUUGUACUGCCUCCAGAGCCCAAGACCAGAGAACAGUUGUUACAAUAUUCCUGUCAGCUCAAACUGGAUCCAAACACAGCAUGCACACUCCUCUCUCUGUCUAAAGGGAACAGAAAGGUGACCUGUACAGACCAAGUCCAACCAUAUCCUGACCAUGGAGACAGAUUCACCAACUACUGUCAGGUUCUGUGUAGAGAGGGUCUGUCUGGACGCUGUUACUGGGAGGUGGAGUGGAGUGGGGAGUGGGUUGAUACAGCAGUCUCAUAUAAAGACAUCAGCAGAACAGAGAGAGGUGGUGGAUUUGGAGACAAUAACAAGUCAUGGAGUUUACAUUGCUCUAGAGGUGGUUAUUGGUUCAGACACAAUAAUAUUAAGACUAAAGUAUCAGGCCCUCAGUCCUCCAGAGUAGGAGUGUACCUGGAUCACAAGGCAGGUACUCUGUCCUUCUACAGUGUCUCUGACACAAUGACCCUCCUCCACAGAGUCCAGACCACAUUCACUCAGACCCUCUAUCCUGGUGUUUGUCUCUAUAGUUAUAAUGAUACUGCUGAGCUGGUUAAACUGUAGUAGGGUCCACAUAGAUACUAGUCAUGCUGGUGUAGUCUAUAGCAUGUUCAAUGUAGAUGUCCAGGAAACCGGCCCUAAAUGUGUCAUCUUUCAUCCUCCCAUACUGCUCAGUCCAGCAACAUUAAACCUGUCCAGCAGGUGGUGGUAUUGACCAAACAAUAAAACCAGCAGAUAUCUUGACUUGCCACUCAGUAUAUCAGUAAUGUUCAGAAUAGUACUUUAAUAUCAUUGGAGAUUGAUGGUCUUUUUAAUCCACUAUCCAGAGUCAGGAACAGAUGAAGUUAGGUCGGCUACUGUUCAGUGAUUAAAUAUGAUUUAUGGUGAUGGGAAAUAAAAAAUACAACACUAAACUUCAUCUAGUAAUAGUUUUCCUUUGUUAUUUAUUCCAAGGUGUGUCUUUAACUUGUAAAUGGAUUGUGUGGAGGUGAGCUAGUGGUGUGGGUGAAUAUUCCAGUUGUGUUUAGGCAUCUUCAUGUCUGACAUCCCCCAGUUCUGUUCAGACCCAUUGAACUGGGUCACAUUCUAAAUGGUG